AGAAGCCCCGCGGGUUGUGCUGCUGCAGAAUAAUGGCCAGUAAGAAGAAGGAGAUAAUACUGCAGGUUACUAUCAAUAACCAGGAGCUUUGGGAAGAAAUGCUGGGUUUCAAAGGACUGAUAGUUGUUGAUGUGUAUCAAGGCUGGUGUGGUCCAUGCAGAACAGUCGUGAACCUUUUCAGAAAAAUAAGGAAUGAGCUUGGUGAUGACCUCCUGCAUUUUGCCGUGGCUGAAGUAGAUUCCAUUGAUGCUCUAGAGAACUACAGGGGAAAAUGUGAACCUACCUUUCUGUUUUAUGCAGGAGGAGAAUUAGUAGCUGCUGUAAGAGGAGCCAAUGCACCACUGUUACAGAAAACGAUCCUGGACCAGCUGGAGGCAGAAAGGAAGGUUUUAGAACAAGGAGCAGAACGUGUGGUGAUUAAGGAUGAAGCCCUCUCCAAGGAAGGAGAAGAUGCCACCAUCAUUCAGGAAGAAGAAUAGGAAGACGAGCUGGGAAAGCAAUCCUGCCACAAUGAGAUUAAUGUAUCCCUAAUCUUCUGGGAUUGCUUUUUCCAUUGUCCUAUUGAAGCAGAGGAGGAAUUUUAGAGACACCUUUUUGCCCUUUAUACAUGCUGCAUCUACAUACUGUGCUGCUUUUGCUCCUCCCUCUGAAGAUAUUUGCACACAAUUAAUGUGUUUAUGAACUGGCAUUAAUGAAGAAAUUCAGUGUCUGAUAUUUCUGGCUCUGUUUUUUCUAUGGCACACUACACAUUGGGUCAGAUCCUACAGCCUGUGUAAGAGCUCUGGAAGGCCUCUGAGGCAGUGGAGCCAGCAUGAUUCCCUCUUGCCAGGGGAGUCCAGUGCAGGGAGACUAUGCUGGUCUCUAAAGUUCCUCAGAGACUUUUCUAGUCUUGACUCCCUCUAAGCAGCAUAGUGCUGCCCACCACAGCUCUCUCUCCACACAACUGCACUGUGUGGUUGGGUGGAGUCAACAGUUCUGUGACAAAGUGCACUCCCUGUUCAAAACACCAGUGGAGGUCCAGGAGAUGUCACUUCCCUCACCUCCCAUAGCAACACUAUGCAAAGGACUGUUACGCAGCUCAGGAUCUGGCCCUUUGUCUUUACUAACUGUAAUAGGGCAACCCAAAGGGCCUCACCUAGAGAAUUCUUUAAAAAACAAAACCAAAGCUUUUCACUCUGAGUGGCUUCCCUGCUUUGUCCAAGGCUGAGUCCAAGCAUAAACCACUUGGGUUUAUGAUGAUGCUAUCUGUAUUGCAAUAGCACCAGGUGUCCCAGUCAUGGACCAGGACCCCCCCGGUACAAACACACAUUUGUGGAGUGUCUAUACUAGCAUUUACAAUCCUGUUGGUUAACUCAGGUUAAUUAGCAAUCCAACUCUAGUCUAGACAAACCCUAAGGUCUCUCUACGCUCAUUUGCAUCAAAAUAACUUUUUGGGUUUUAAUUCACACCUUUAGUGAUUUCUGUGUAAGUCUGUGUGCUUUUAUUAUGGAACAAAAGCACUGCAAAAGCACUGGGGAAAAAAAUCAAAAUCAGGGCACCCUACAUGCUGCUGUUUGUGUCCUGGGCAAAUGCAGCUCUGUGCUCUCUCAUGAACUUUACUUCAGUUCUUGGUUUCCCUUCAUCUAACAAAUCUCUGGUUAUUCUUUAUGAAUGGAAACACCUAGCAUACACCAUCAGUAAGUGGCACCAUCGCAGGGGUCUAGCACAGGGAAGCAAAUGAAGAGCAACAGCGACAUUUGGUACAAGGAGGAUGAGGACGUGAUCUCUCUCUCUCCUAGAUUUUGCAUCAAAGAAACUUUCUGACAUUACUUUGAAUGGAGACAGGUGCCACUUUAGCAGGACCCAAUGCAGCCCUGUCCCCUUUCUGCCUUGGAGCCAGGUUUUCAAGAGAGACCAGAACACUGGUUGCCCAAGGGGAGCAGAGGCCUUUUGAAAGUCAGGGACAAUGAAAGUACAUGUCUGAAAUAAACAAAGUGAUCAAACCAACAGAGAAAGCUAAUUCACAAGAGGAUAAGGACAGCAUGGCAUCUGCACACGAGCAAGGGAGAAAAACUCUGUCUGGGGUAUAAACUUCAAAGAAUAUAUUUCAAAGGUUCACUGCUCUUUAAAAAGAAGGGGAGAGAACCCCUUAGUUAUUCAUCAUGUAGCGGACUUAGGGAAUUCUGAGUCUGUGAAUGUUGAGUCCCAUGGCCAGAAGGGCUAGAGAUACUGGUAGUUUUAUGUGAGAAAAGGGAUUGUAACUUGCUAGGAUAAAGUUGUAGUAGCUAGAAAGUGGGUUUGGUUGGGUUUGGUUUGUAACCAGAUCUGUCCCAGAUCUCAGAUGUAUCACUUUAAUUUCUGUUCUUUGUUAAUAAACUUACUCUUAGUUUUACAAU